CAAGGCAACCCCUUCUGCGCUACUAUUGGCUGCGGGCCCCGGACUGGCGGGUUCGCGUCACGGGCCGGGCCCACCCCCUUGGCAAUGUCUUCAGCCUGCUGCACUCCUAACUUAAGCAUUUAUUCCACUGGGAUAGAAGCGGCAGGAGCAGCGUUAGCACCGGCGAACCAUGGCUGGGAUUUUUUAUUUCCUCCUCUUUUCGUUUCUGUUUGGGAUUUGCGACGCUGUCACCGGUUCCAGGGUGUAUCCCGCGAAUGAAGUUACUUUACUGGAUUCCAGAUCUGUUCAGGGAGAACUUGGGUGGAUAGCAAGCCCUCUGGAAGGAGGGUGGGAGGAAGUGAGUAUUAUGGAUGAAAAAAAUACGCCAAUCCGAACCUACCAAGUGUGCAACGUGAUGGAGCCCAGCCAGAAUAAUUGGCUGCGAACUGAUUGGAUCACCCGAGAAGGGGCUCAGAGGGUGUACAUUGAGAUCAAGUUCACCUUGAGGGACUGCAACAGUCUUCCGGGUGUCAUGGGCACUUGCAAGGAGACGUUUAACCUGUAUUACUAUGAAUCAGACAACGACAAGGAGCGUUUUAUCCGAGAGAGCCAGUUUGCCAAAAUUGACACCAUCGCCGCCGAUGAGAGCUUCACGCAAGUGGACAUUGGCGACCGAAUCAUGAAGCUGAACACGGAAAUCCGGGACGUAGGGCCAUUGAGCAAAAAGGGGUUCUAUCUGGCGUUUCAGGAUGUAGGGGCCUGCAUCGCCUUGGUUUCGGUCCGAGUAUUCUACAAGAAGUGUCCGCUCACCGUUCGCAAUCUGGCUCAGUUUCCAGACACCAUCACAGGGGCCGAUACGUCUUCCCUGGUGGAAGUUCGAGGCUCCUGUGUCAACAACUCAGAAGAGAAGGAUGUGCCAAAAAUGUACUGUGGGGCAGAUGGUGAAUGGCUGGUACCCAUUGGCAACUGCCUAUGCCAUGCCGGGCAUGAAGAGCGGAAUGGAGAAUGCCAAGCUUGCAAAAUUGGAUAUUACAAGGCCCUGUCCACGGAUGCCAGCUGUGCCAAGUGUCCACCACACAGCUAUUCUGUCUGGGAAGGAGCCACUUCGUGCACCUGUGACCGAGGCUUUUUCAGAGCCGACAACGAUGCUGCCUCCAUGCCCUGCACCCGUCCACCGUCUGCUCCUCUAAACUUGAUUUCAAAUGUCAACGAGACUUCGGUGAACUUGGAAUGGAGCAGUCCUCAGAACACGGGUGGCCGCCAGGAUAUUUCCUACAAUGUCGUGUGCAAGAAAUGUGGAACAGGUGACUCCAGCAAGUGCCGACCCUGCGGAAGUGGGGUCCACUACACCCCGCAGCAGAACGGACUGAAGUCCACCAAGGUCUCCAUCACUGACCUCCUGGCUCAUACCAACUACACGUUUGAAAUCUGGGCAGUGAAUGGCGUGUCCAAGUAUAACCCUAGCCCAGACCAAUCUGUGUCCGUCACUGUGACCACCAACCAAGCAGCACCCUCAUCUAUUGCUUUGGUCCAGGCUAAAGAAGUUACAAGAUACAGUGUUGCUCUGGCUUGGCUGGAACCAGACCGGCCCAAUGGGGUGAUCUUGGAGUAUGAAGUCAAGUAUUAUGAGAAGGAUCAGAAUGAGCGAAGCUAUCGGAUUGUUAGGACGGCUGCCAGGAACACGGAUAUCAAAGGCCUGAACCCUCUGACUUCCUAUGUUUUCCAUGUCCGAGCCAGGACAGCAGCUGGCUAUGGAGAUUUCAGCGAGCCCCUGGAGGUCACAACCAACACAGUGCCUUCCCGGAUCGUUGGAGAUGGAGCCAACCCCACCGUCCUGCUGGUCUCCGUCUCCGGCAGCGUGGUGCUAGUGGUUAUUCUCAUCGCCGCUUUUGUCAUCAGCAGGAGACGGAGUAAAUACAGUAAAGCAAAACAAGAAGCAGAUGAAGAGAAGCAUUUGAACCAAGGUGUUAGAACUUAUGUGGAUCCCUUUACGUAUGAAGAUCCCAACCAAGCAGUUCGAGAAUUUGCCAAAGAAAUCGACGCAUCCUGCAUUAAGAUUGAAAAAGUCAUAGGAGUUGGUGAGUUUGGUGAAGUAUGCAGUGGGCGUCUCAAAGUGCCUGGCAAAAGAGAAAUCUACGUGGCUAUCAAGACAUUGAAAGCUGGUUAUACAGACAAACAGAGGAGGGACUUCCUGAGUGAGGCCAGCAUCAUGGGACAGUUUGACCACCCAAAUAUCAUUCACUUGGAAGGCGUUGUCACCAAAUGUAAACCAGUAAUGAUCAUAACAGAGUACAUGGAGAAUGGCUCCUUGGAUGCAUUCCUCAGGAAGAAUGAUGGCAGAUUUACGGUCAUUCAGCUGGUGGGCAUGCUUCGUGGCAUUGGGUCUGGGAUGAAGUAUUUAUCUGAUAUGAGCUACGUGCAUCGAGAUCUGGCUGCACGGAACAUUCUGGUCAAUAGCAACUUAGUCUGCAAAGUGUCUGAUUUUGGCAUGUCCCGAGUGCUAGAGGAUGAUCCAGAAGCAGCUUAUACCACCAGGGGUGGCAAGAUUCCUAUCCGGUGGACUGCGCCAGAAGCAAUUGCCUAUCGUAAAUUCACAUCAGCAAGUGAUGUAUGGAGCUACGGGAUCGUCAUGUGGGAAGUGAUGUCGUAUGGAGAGAGACCCUAUUGGGACAUGUCUAAUCAAGAUGUGAUUAAGGCCGUCGAGGAAGGCUAUCGGCUGCCCCCUCCGAUGGACUGCCCCAUCGCCCUCCACCAGCUGAUGCUAGACUGCUGGCAGAAGGAGAGAAGCGACAGACCUAAAUCUGGGCAGAUUGUCAACAUGUUGGACAAACUCAUCCGCAACCCCAACAGCCUGAAGAGGACGGGGACCGAGAGCUCCAGGGAGUACAUUCUGCUAUCUUGGCCUCUCAGCCUUUCCUUUUGAUUACAAAGCCCACAGAAGCAAACAGAACACACCCUCCUCAGUUCCUCCUAAACGUGUUUCUUCUGCUUCUACUAUGCCAGUUCUGGAGCAAAGACGCUGAUGAAACAACACUCAUUCCUGAAAAUAAAACAUUUCUGACUUUCAAAUCCCCUUUCCCGGUGAAAGAAAUGGCAAACAUUCAAGCUUCAGCAUCUGUUCUCCAAUUGCACUGAGGAAUGUCCUGUCUGGCAGCGCCAGCUCUGCAGAGCCCCUGUUCCCCAACUCCUUUGGUUUUAUUUAUAUGUAUUUCCAUAUCUCACUUCUGUAUGUCCCUGCUGCAUUGGUGUGGCAGCAAGUGACCGAAGGCUACAGGUUUUACCAUGGACACCAGGUCCGGUGCCACCACACAAAACAAAGCCAGUUCCCGUGAGCUGC